AUGGCAAGGAUAGUUUUUCACUUGGAUUACUUCAUUAUCUGUAUAACUCUUGCAUUGUCAAUCAGCUGCAGGGCAUGUGGCUGUACAACGGAGAAUACUAGUCCCUUCUUCAUAUUUGGGGACUCAACUGUUGAUCCUGGCAACAAUAAUUACAUCAACACUAUUCCGGAAAACCAGGCAGAUUACAAGCCAUACGGACAGAAUGGCUACUUCGGAGAACCCACAGGACGCUUUUCUGAUGGCCGUGUGAUUGUAGAUUUCAUAGCGGAAUAUGCAAAGUUGCCAAUUAUUGCUCCAUUUUUGCAACACUCAGCCGAAUUUAUCAACGGCGUUAACUUUGCCUCUGGUGGGGCUGGCAUCCUCCCAGAAACCAAUCAAGGACAAGUGAUUGAUCUUCAGACACAAAUAAAAAAUUUCGAAGAGGUCGUUGAAAAAUCAUUAACAGAAAAGUUAGGGGACGGCAGAGCAAAGAAGCUGAUCUCAGAAGCUGUUUACUUCGUUAGUAUCAGAAGCAAUGACUAUAUGGGUGGUUAUUUAGGUAAUCCAAAAAUGCAGGAAUAUUAUAACCCUGAACAAUAUGUUGGGAUGGUAAUUGGGAACUUGACUCGGGCAAUUCAAGUGCUGUAUGAGAAAGGGGGUAGAAAAUUUGGGUUUCUAAGCUUGUCUCCACUAGGUUGCUUACCAGCCCUUAGAGCUCUAAACCCCAAAGCCAGCGAGGGUGGUUGUUUUGAAGAAGCAUGUGCACUCGCACAAGCACAUAAUAAUGCUUUAAAAGCUGUCCUGGCAAACCUUGAACAUCUAUUGCGAGGAUUCAAGUACUGCAACUCCAAGUUCUAUGAUUGGCUUCAUGAGAGAAUAAACAAUCCCUCCAAGUAUGGUUUCAAGGAUGGAGUGAAUGCAUGCUGUGGAACCGGACCAUACGGGGGCAUCUUCACCUGUGGAGGCACAAAGAAGGUCCAAGAUUACCAAUUAUGCGACGACGCCGGCGAUUAUGUAUGGUGGGAUUCUUUCCAUCCAACAGAGAAAAUACAUGAGCAAUUUGCCAAGGCUCUCUGGAAUGGUCCCACUUCCUCUGUAGGGCCAUUCAACCUAGCUACAAGACCUCUUCCUUAGAAAAGAUCAGAACCUCACCAUUGCUGAUGAAGUUGACGACCCUGAUAGCCAGCACUUCCCCUACGAAUCAGGAUUACUUUCGGGCCCAGUGAUCCUGUUUUCUCAGU